UUUUGCAUAGACUACUGACAAAAGCAAUUGUAUGCCUUAAUAAAUCCCUAACUUCCUUUGUGUCAUCAUUGAAACAAUUCCCCUCUCAUUGUCAUAUUGAAAAUAUUGCGACCGGUAUAUUGGUCAAAUAAACAUGCAAACAUUUCUCUCAGUCUCACACAAAACACUGUGAAAACAUAUAUAUUACAAAUAAAAUAAAUAAUAAUUAUUAUUAUUAUAUAACUUAAGUAUAGUCACUCGUCUAUGGCAAUCAGAUAUCUAAUGACGUUGACACUAUACACACUCUUUCAAGAGGAUAAAGUAGGCUAGUUUGAUCCGAGUACUGAUAGCCUAAGACAUUGUGGGAUAUCUCCCUUGCUAUUAUAGUAAAUUGAACUAGCCUGCAAUUUAACUUAAUUAAAACAAAAAAAGGAAAUAAAAAAAACAGAUGCCCAUCAGUUACUCUUCUUACACAUUGUUUCUACAUUUAAACAGUUGAACAUUUUCAAUUUCAUUUUAUCGGUUAAACUUAAAUAUUUAAAGAGUUAAACAUUGUUUUUAUUUAAUCAUAGCGCUUGCUUAAAACAUUUAAACAUGUUUUAAAACAUUUAAACAUGUUUUACUUCUCACCAUACAAUAUACAAGUUAAGCGCAUGUCCGGGGUUAUGUUAGCUCUCCCUUCAAACAUCUAAUAUAACAUAAGCUAUAAACUCAUCACCAAAUAGGUUUUAAAGGCUGUAAGAGCAAUGCCAUACAUAAAUAGACCUGCAGUUAGAUGUUUAAGUUUCUCGUUCCGUGUUUUCACCCUCAACUCCGCGCCCGGGGCUCCGCUCCACACGCGCUUUGGGAACUACUGCGUUAUAGACAGGUAACUCAUACUCGCAAGAAUGCCAUUCAAACACAACUUGUAACUUGCUGCCUCAGGUCUAUGCAUUCGUGACCAUGUAGGCCUGUGGGCAUACUACAGUCAUCUACAGUAGACCACCCAGGUGGAUUCCCCAUAGCUCAAGUCAGCUAGAGGCUAACGCGCUUGCGUGGCAAAGGGGGAGGAGACGCUCGAGGAAACGAUGUGUGGGUUGUUAGCUGUCGCUAGCUAUCCUAGCAUCAUGGUGGGGUUUACUUGUAGAUAGCUGGCACACACGUAGUUACGGUAUCGUAGCAAUAGUGCAGCUGUCAUUUGUUUUCUGUUUUACUCCUGGCUCAUCUCCAGUAUUACUGAAUUUUGGGGCUGUCUUGUCUAAGGCACUUGUUUUCUUGAGGGAUACGUCUGUUUUCAUUUUCUCUCAUGAGGCAUUAGCCAGCUAUGCCCUCUGAUUUUAUAUCGCUGCUUAGCGCGGAUAUCGACCUUAAUUCCCCCAAAUCCCUCUAUUCAAAAGAUCUCUCUCUCUGUCUAUCCUGGUCUCACUCACUUUUCUGUCUCCCUUUCUCUCUGUCUUGCUCCCAGAGUCGGUGUAUGACCUGCUCCCCAAAGAGCUGCAGCUGCCAGGCCCCUCGCAGCCGGACAGGCCCACUAUGAGUCAGAAGAGCGGAGGAGAGGCCGGUCCUCCCCCUCCGGCAGCGCUGGCCGCAGAUGCUGCCUCCUCCUGCAACAUCUCCUCCAGCCCUGUAGGGGGCAACAGCACCGCGCUUCCUGGCUCCUCCUGCCCCAGCAUGCUCUCCACUACCUCAGCCCCCGAGCAGGGCUCCCGGGUCCUUGGCGCCCCCCUGGAAGAGGGUGGUCCAGGUGGCCCAGGAGGCUCGGGGCUGGGUGUGGAGGCAGCUUUGGGGGCCGCGGGCGACAGCAGCGGAGGGGCCCAGCCGAGUCAGAUCACCCCCUCCAAGCGGCGGACAGUGCUGAACAUCUCGCCGCCGCCGGAGGACCUGCUGGACGACAGCCGCAUGUCGUGCCAGGAGGAGGCACCGCUGCCGGACUCGGAGCAGAGCGGCAGCAUGUGGAUGGAGGAGUCGCUCUCCAGCUUCAGCAUGGCCAGCAGUAGCUCCUACAAUGACAACACGGAGGUGCCGCGCAAGUCCCGCAAGCGCACGCCACGCCAGAGGCCCGGGUCCAAGCCCGCUGCCGCCCAGGCGCCCAGCAUGGAGGUGUUUGAUGCCGACAGCGCCAAUGCGCCCCACUUCGUGCUGUCCCAGUUGGGCUCUGACGCCAAAGCCAGCCCCAAGGGCAGCUCCCUGGAGGCGGGCGGCACGCUGCGGACGGGGGUCCUGGCAGCGCAGUUCCCCCAGAAGACUGAGGGCAAGGAGCUGAAGAUCCUGGUGCAGCCGGAGACCCAGCACCGGGCGCGCUACCUCACCGAGGGCAGCAGGGGCUCUGUCAAGGACCGCACCCAGCAGGGCUUCCCUACUGUCAAGCUGGAGGGAGUGAGUGAGCCGGUGGUGCUGCAGGUGUUUGUGGCGAACGACACGGGGCGGGUCAAGCCCCACGGCUUCUACCAGGCCUGCAGGGUGACGGGACGCAACACCACCGCCUGCAAGGAGGUGGACAUCGAGGGGACCACCGUCAUCGAAGUCAGCCUGGAGCCUACCAACAGCAUGACCCUGGCUGUGGACUGCGUCGGCAUUCUGAAGCUCCGCAACGCAGACGUGGAGGCACGCAUCGGGGUGGCGGGCUCCAAGAAGAAAAGCACACGUGCCCGCCUGGCCUUCCGCGUCCACAUCCCGCGUCCCGACGGCUCCAUGCUCGCACUGCAGACCACCUCCUCGCCCAUCCUCUGCACUCAGCCAGCAGGUGUGCCUGAAAUCCUGAAGAAGAGCCUGCACAGUUGCUCAGUGAUGGGCGGAGAGGAGGUGUUUAUCAUCGGCAAGAACUUCCUCAAGGGAACCAAAGUCCUGUUCCAGGACAUCAGCUCAGAUGACAGUGGCUGGCAGGCUGAGGCUGAGAUUGACAUGGAGCUGUUUCAUCAGAAUCACCUGAUUGUGAAGGUGCCUCCGUACCGGGACCUGAGUAUCACCUCUCCUGUGGCAGUGGGCGUCUGGAUCGUGACCAACGCCGGGAGAACAAAUGAACUGCAGCCAUUCACUUUCACUCCCCACUCCGAGCCCUCAGCAGAUGUGCCUGUGAAGUCCGAGGCGCCAACCCCAGCCAAGUCCUGCCCGUUUGAGGACCAAGUGAAAGCAAUGCAAACCGGGAACAGUAAUAUUGACAGCACCAUGAUGACUCCGCUGAUUUUAAAACGAGAAGAGGUCACCCCUAUGGAGGUGUACACUAAUGCCCCGGCAUCCAACGUCUUUAAGCCCGACGACGUCCUUGGAGCCCCACAGCAAAUUCUGGAGGUGAACGUCAACCUCCCCCCCUCAGGCAGUGAGUCUUUCCCCAGUCCAGCCCCUCUCCAACCUGGCAGCGCCCAGCCGCCACAGGCCCCCAUGUUCUCGUCGGCAGAGCCCUUGAGCACCAUCCAGAAGCAAGACAUUGCCCCCAGCGCCUCCUUCCAGGUGUCCCUGUCUGAGGACACCACCGUCCUGCAGCCUGUACCCCCUCAGGUGCCCCAGCAGUUCAUGCGGGAAACCCCCGAGACCCUCUCCCCAGAGGAGAGCGGCUCUGAGGAGGCCGGGAUGCUGGUGAUGGGCAUGCCCCAGCUGGUGGAGGGCUCGCCGGCCGUGCCCCAGCAGUCCCCCGUGCCCACCCUGCUCCCCCAGGACAGUGUGGCUCAGCUGGAGAGGGCGGUGCGAGAGCUGCAAGCGGGAGGGGGCUCCUUGGUGCAGCAGGUCCUGGUGGCUGCCGCAACGCAGCAGCAGCUCAACUCGGUACUGUACAGCCCCACGCCCUCAGCUGACAUCCUGCAGAAACAUGUUCAGGAGAACAUGAAUAGCCUUCAGCUGGGAGGAAACGAUAGAUCUAUGAACAGUCAACAACAACGACAUCAACAACAGCAACAUCAACAGCAACAUCAACAACAGCAGCAACAUCAACAACAGCAGCAACAUCAUCAACAACAGCAACAUCAACAACAACAACAGCAACAUCAACAACAACAACAGCAACAUCAUCAACAACAGCAACAUCAGCAACAACAGCAACAGCAACAACAGCAGCAGCAGCAGCAGCAGCAGCAGCAGCAGCAGCAGCAACAACAGCAGCAGCAGCAACAGUCCUUGCUGGAAAAUCUGCAACAGCAGCAUCAGCAAGCUUUGGAAAAUCUUCAUCAUCAACAGAACGUGCUGGAAAAUUUGAAACAGCAUCAGAAAGUUCUUGAGAACAUCCAUCAACAUCAGCAAGUCUUGGAGAACAUGCAGCAGCCACACCAGGAGGUUCUGGAGAACCUGCAGCAGCAACAGCAGCAGCACCCCAAAGUUCUGGAGACUAUUCAGCAGCAGCAGCAGCAGCAGAACUCUUUAGUCAACCUGCAACAUCAGAAGGUUCUGAAUGACCUGCAGCAGCAAAAGAGUUUUGAGAACCUUCAGCAGCAGCAGAACGUCUUCAAGAGCCUGGAGCAGUUGCAGUCAGAGCUCAUGCAGCAUCAGCAGAUCCCCAUGCAGUGCACCCCUAGUUUCUCUCCCAGCGAGGCCCCAAAGCAGCAAGCCCCCACCGGCCACCCUUCCGAGGGUCUUCUCCUUAGUGCCCCCCAACAACAACAACAACAACAACAACAACAACAACAACAACAACAAGCACUUUUCCAACAGGCUGGUGGGCUCUUGACAAUCCAGACAUCCAGCUUCCUUCAGCAGCCUCCCUCCCAUCCUUCCCCCCCCCAGCAGCUUUUCCAGACGCAGAACCCAAUGUCUGAAGCUCAGAGUCAGCAGACUGUGCUGUUCGGGUCCGAACCUGCCCCAGCUCAGGCGCAGGUCCAAGCCUCUCUUUUCCCCGGCGCCAUCACAAUGCUAGCUGCCGACCAACAACAGCAGGCCUCCUCUGCCCUCUUCCUGGAUCAGGGGGUUCUACCGGGCCAGCUGGCAACAGACAGCAGUCAGAACCUGCAGCAGCAGCAGCAGCAGCAGCAGCAACAACAGCAACAGCAACAUAUGGCUUUCCUUACCCCCAUGCAGACGUCUGUGUCUGAUGCCCAGUCGGUGUCGCUACUUCAGGGGCAGAUCCAGUUGUCCACUCCUAUGGAGCAGCAGCGAUCGCCACAGCAACAGAUGCAGCCAGCUGCCCAGCCAGUGCCCCUGUACCAGAGCCAACCCCAGCAGCAGCAGCAGCAGCAGCAGCCGCCGCAGCAGCAGCAGACGGGCCUGCUGUUCUGCACUAAUCCCCUGAACCCCCAGGACCUGCCCUCCUCGCUGCUCUUCAGCAGCCAGCCCCAGGGCCUCUUCCAGGACCAGCAGCCCAUGCAGGUGGUACCCAGCACUGGGAGUGUGACGGUGCAAGCUGCUCCCAACCGGCCCUCUGUCCCUCAGCAUCAGGCAUCCCAGAGUCCUCUGCUGUUCUCCCAGUCCGGUGUGGUGUCAGUGGCACAGCAGGACACUGCAGAGCCAAUGUCCUUCCAGGAGCAGAGUGUGGUGGUGGGUGACCCCUCAGCGCAGGGUGGCUCCUCGCAGUCAGGGCUGUUUCAGGACCAGCAGCCCAUGCAGGUGGUUCCCAGUUCGGGCGGUGUGUCAGUCACCUCCAGUGAACAGCCCUCCGUUGGCCUUUAUCUGCCGCAGGCAGCCAUUACGGCUCUGCAAGGGGGCGCGGGCACCCAGGAGAUGCCUGCGGCUGCCGCCACAGCGGCCAUCUUUGCUGGGCAGAGUGCAAUGUCAGUAGGGGGGCUUCAGAGCUCAAGUGGCUCCACAGCACAACCGGCCCCUGAUACACUCUUCCAGUCGGGCAUGGCUGGGGCCCUUAGCCAGCCUGGACAGACUCCGCAGCCUGGCCUCUUCCUGUUUGAACUACCCAAUGAUUGCAGUCAGCUCAUGAAUCCUCAAGGUCCUUCGCUAACCAACCAGCUUGUCUCCCUGGGACACCCUGGGCCCAAUCAGAACCAGCUGCCGAGCAGUGCCCAGAUCCAGAACCUCCUGGAGCAGUCCAGCAGCCUGAACGACACCCAGAACAUGGUGAAGAUCGACGACUUCCUGGAGACGCUGCAGGAGCAAGAGAAGAAUCUGUCAGGGGACUUUUAGGUCCGGUAGGCUGAAGUAGGGCAUUGUGAUCAGUACAAGCUCUCAUGGCCUCCUUGUGUUCAGCAGCGUGAGUGUGUAAAGAGGCCCUACUGUAAAUCUGCUCGUCUCAUGGAGUCAUGCUGCUGAGACAGUGCGCCAUGUGACUUGAACUCAUGAGGCUACAUCAGCAUCCCAUGAGGUCUAGUAAGGGUGGGGACGGCAGCAUAUCACAUGGGGGGGGAGUACUAUGCUACACCUAUGUCUCAUGUCAGCACUUUGUUUUUCACUGCCUCCUCUCCUCUCCUCUCCUUUUUUUUUUUUUUUUUCAACUGUGAAGUCAUUAACGCAACUCUUCUUUCUUCUUUCAUUUCCUCUUAAGUUGUCCUUAAGUAGGUGAUUUUUUUUUUUUCUUCUGUAGUCCAUUUUACAGAAAGCGACUUAUUGUUAUCGAAAUCUAUACUCUUUUUAAGUGUAUUUUUUUUAACCAUGGUAAUCUUUAGCACUUUAGAGGGCUGUGCACAACCAGAGGCCUUAGCAGAACGGAUCCUCUCCUCUGGCCCACAGCAAGCCCGUUGCUCUUGUGUUUCCAAGUCACUUGUACGGCUUUCUAGGGCUUUGUGUUUUUGUUUUUAUACCAAAACCAGUAUCUUUCUCCAUAGGUAACGGUUGCAUGUCCAACAUUUUCAUACUCCUAUUUUCUUCUGCCAUCAUGGUCUAUUUUUUGUUUUGUAAAUCUUUUUGUAUUGUGUGUUCCUGUGAGAGUGUGUGUGUACAUCUGUGUGUUUGUGUGGGUGGGUGUGUGCUCCUUGUUGUCAGUACAUGACUUCUUGUAAGAUGAGGCUAGCUAUUCAAGUAGCCCCUGUUAACAGAUAACAGAAGGGUUCGGUACAUAGCUUCUCAUUCAUUCCAGUCAGAAGUAGGCCAUACUGCUUUUGUGUGCAUCUGU